AGAGAGCCGGCUGGUGUUUGAAAAUGAAUGAUAUGCUGCCUCGGUUGUAGACUCAGCUACCGGUUCUCCUUGUUUCCCAAGCCACAGAAUCUCACGUAAAGGAAACUUAAUUAUUCCCUCGAAAAGCUGUAAGAACAGAACCAAAGGAGAUAGUUUCAACCAUGCAAUGGUCACCAGAGUGAAUCGGUUUUCACUGAUCUGCACAUUUCGUUUGGCCGAGAGUUUUACGCCGGAUGCCCUUCCCGACACAACCCUGUACUUUAUCUGGAUUUGGAACCCAGACCUGGGCCCCCACGUGUCUACAUGACCGCAUUAGAACCCAACGCCAUGUCUGAGCCUGUGGUCAUGGAGCGUCCUCAAGAAGUGGGCUUUCCAGAACCCUCCUGUCCUGCUAGAGACACUGAAGCUUCUCCUGUUUCUGAACACGCGGACACAGCAAACGACUCCUCAGAGGAAGAGUCCGCAGAGAGGGACGUAGAGGCCGCUGCUGUGGAUGCUCUGGAAAGCGUGGCAGUCCCAGCGGAGCAGAGGACAAACACGGAACAGGUGAAUACCCAAAGCCCAGACCCAUCGGCCAAGACAGAGGCAGCGAAGUCCCCUCUGUGGACGUCACAGGGGGAUGCUGAGGUGAAACUCAGGAUGGGGGAGUCUGGUGUGGCUGCUGAACCUCCUUUGACUGUCCACCAAAUGUUCACCUCAGCUGUGGAGCGCUAUGGUGACAACACAGCUUUGGCUUGGAAAGAGGGCGAUCAGGCAAAAAGCCUGAACUACAAAGACUACUAUAAGGCAUGCCGCACUGCUGCCAAGAGCUAUUUAAAGCUGGGUUUACAGCGCUAUCACGGGGUUUGCAUCCUGGGCUUCAACUCCGCAGAGUGGUUCAUUGCAGACAUUGGAGCCAUUCUGGCAGGUGGGUUUGGUGUUGGCGUCUACACCACCAACUCUCCUGAAGCAUGCCAGUUUGUGGCAGAAAACUGCAAAGCCAAUGUCAUUGUGUUGGAAAAUGAAAAACAGCUGCAGAAGAUCCUUCAGAUUGAAGACCAGCUGCCUCACUUGAAAGCCAUUGUCCAGUACAAAGGUGCACUUAGAGAGAAGAGGCCAAAUUUAUACACGUGGGCCGAGUUUAUGGAGCUGGGACGCGACGAGCCCGACGGGCCCCUCGAUGCAAUCAUUGCUAGUCAGAAGCCCAAUCAAUGCUGCUCACUCAUCUACACUUCAGGAACCACGGGCCAGCCCAAAGGAGUCAUGCUGAGCCACGACAACCUAACGUGGACGGCACUCUCCACCGCCAAACACGUCUGCCUCACAGACGCCACCGUAGCCCAGGAGGUGGUGGUCAGCUACCUGCCGCUGAGCCACAUCGCCGCUCAGAUGGUGGACAUGUGGCUCAUCAUGAGGGUCGGAGGAUCAACUCACUUCGCCCAGCCGGACGCCUUGAAGGGGUCGCUGGUUAACACCUUAAAGGAAGUGCGUCCCACGGCCUUCAUGGGCGUCCCACGAGUCUGGGAGAAGAUGCAGGAGAAGAUGAAAAGCAUCGGAGCAAAGUCUUCAACUUUGCGCAGAAAAGUAGCUUCUUGGGCCAAAGAUGUUGGUCUGCAGACCAAUCUGACCAGGAUGAGGCAAAACACAGCAACUGGCCAGGCUCCGUUCCAGUAUCACUUAGCCAAAAAGUUAGUGUUUAAAAAGGUGCGCAAAGCUCUUGGCCUGGACCGCUGUACCAAAUGCUACACUGGAGCUGCCCCCACCACCAAAGAUACCCUCGAGUUCUUCCUUAGCCUGGAUAUCCCUCUGUUCGAACUGUACGGCAUGAGUGAGUGCACUGGACCCCACACCAUCUCUCGCCCUGAUGCCUUCAGACUCACCAGCUGUGGUAAGGAGAUCCCAGGUUGCACAACAAAGCUGGACAACCCUGACGAGGAGGGGAACGGCGAGAUCUGCUUCUGGGGUCGCCACAUCUUCAUGGGUUACCUCAAUGCACCGGACAAGACGGAGGAGGCUCUGGAUGCAGAAGGCUGGCUGCACUCGGGUGACCUGGGCAAACGCGACGAGCACGGAUUCCUCUACAUUACAGGGCGAAUUAAAGAACUGAUCAUCACUGCAGGAGGUGAGAACAUCCCUCCUGUUCCCAUUGAGGAUGCAGUGAAGGACGCGGUGCCUCUUCUCAGCAACGCCAUGCUGAUUGGAGACAAAAGAAAGUUUUUGUCCAUGCUCGUCACCAUUAAGUGCCAAAUAAACCCAGAGACAGGCAACCCAGAGGAUGAGCUCACACCAGAAGCUGUGGAGAUCUGCAAGAAGCUGGGGACUAGCGCCAAAACCGUGUCUGAGAUCGCAGGCGGACGCGACCGCACAGUCCACGCCGCCAUCCAGGAAGGAAUCAACCAGGUCAACAAGAAAGCAACCUCCAAUGCCCAGUGCAUUCAGAAGUUUGUCAUUCUGAACCGGGAUUUUUCCAUCAAUGGAGGAGAGCUGGGGCCGACCAUGAAGCUGAAGCGGCCAGUAGUGCUGAAGAUGUACAAAGACCAAAUUGACAACUUUUACAAAGAUCUGGAGACCCCAGCAGACAACCAGCGGCCAAAAUAAAAGCGGCCGUGUCCCAGACUGUCCGUGCGCUCGUGAGGCGCAACACGACUCAGCAGUUCUGCCUCCCUGGCGUCACCUCUGAUCCUGAAUAAAUGUCUCGCCUUAAGCUGUGCUCCCUCCACCUCGGUUUACAUUUGGGUUUGGUCCUCAGACGAGGGCUUGGUGGAGGCUGUUGUAAAAACUACACGUGUAAAAAUGAAUUAAUUCAUUUAUUUUUAUUAUUUUGUUAUUGUAAGAUGAAGUAUCAGCAUCAAGCUUUAUGAUCGACAACAAAUACUGUAAUAUUGACGCAAUCCAAAAACAUCCAGGUUUAUUAUACAACAAAUGUUUUGCAUGUCUAUUUAUUUUAUUGCCAAACUGAUUUUUGUUUUUUCACUAAAAAUGGAAAUCUUUUUUUUUUAACUUGAUCUUUCUGAACGGGUUUGGAUUUUUCUGUAUGUGGAUAAAAGAUUCAAAGCAUUCCACUGCUCAAGUCAAAGCCAUAGCUGUUUUGUUUAUGUCUUUUCAUUGUCACUCUGAAUUCUGCAUUCAUGUCAUGCUGUGAUUUUUAUUGCAUUUUGUGAGAAUGUUUGUUGCCUGCCUCUAUUUUCUUCUACUUUUCAGUCUCUCUACUUAGUUCCUGUUCUCUCUUUUGAAACACAGUAAAUGAAAUAUAAAUAGUGGGGCUGCUGAGAUCUAGUAAUCUUUCAUCUUCUGCCAAAAUAUAUGCGUCAGAACUGAACAUUUCAAGAUGUUGUCAUUUUCUGUUCUCAUUCGUAGCAUUUUUCACAUCAGAAGAAUUUAAAUCCCUAAAAAUGCUUUUUGCACUCCAAACAGCAGAUACUACACCUGUGACAUCUGUAUAUAUUUUAAUUAUAUGUGGAACUCUCUGAAGUUAUAAGAUGCUCGUUUACAGUGAAGGAAAUGAUGGUGAUUCUGGUUGGGUCUUGGUGUGUGGGCUUCCUACGUUUCUCCUGCUCUAUAGAGUGGAAAAAGAAAAACCCUUUAGCUUUUAUGUGUAAAUAAGCUGUAAUGCAUUGGCUUGGUGUUGAAGAUUCACAUGCCCAGACACAAAACUGGAUUCACCUGAACCUUACAUCUGCAAAAGCAGCAGGGUUUGAUGGUGAACCUGUGCAACAGAGUGAAGCUGGUCUGUUUGUAAAGAUGAAAAUGUGAAUUUUUGUGUGAUCGCUUCUGCAAUAAAAUGUUAUUACAAUCAA